AUUUUGACAUAACUGGACGGAAAUUUACCAGCUUCACUAGACGGAAAUGAUGGUGUAACUUCCUGGAAGUAAACAUCAAACUUCAGAUUGAUUAUUGAUCAGCAGCAGAUUAAAAAUAAACUUUUAACCUCGCGUCCAGUCAGAGCGCCAAAUCUAUACUCGAACCACGUAAAGUUCCGUCGGUCUGUGCUGCUGUAGCCACCGUUAGCCUAGCUGAGUUACCUCGGUUCAACCCGGAGCUGACCUGACCGAAACGAACCGCAGCAGAACUUCGGAGCGGGCCCAGCAUGGGAGCUCAUCGCAGCGAAGGAGGCCGGGAGUGGCUGGAGCAGGUUGGAGCGGAACAUCCGGACCAGAACCCGAAGCCGUGGAACCUGAUGAUCAAACAUCGACACGUCCAGAGACGAGGACGGCGCUCACACACUGCAGUCAGCUACACGGAUCCCCAGGUGUCCAUGGACCUACUGAGGGCCGUACUUCAGCCCAGCUUCAACGAUGACAUCAUGGCAGUUUUCAGGAAGUACCAGAAGUUCUUUGAGAAGGCAGCGGAGAAUGUGAAGGAGAACGUCGGCGAAGACGUCCAGAGGGACCAGCUGAUCCGGGAGGCCUGCAGGAAUGUUCUGGAACAUGCCAAACAGCUGUUUCCAGAGGUGGAGGGCAAAAGAACGGGGUCAGAAGUCACGAUGAAGAGAUCCAGAGCAGUUGAUGAAGACUUUGUGAUCAGAGGAAAUCUUCUACCUAAGAAGAGGAAAAGUCGUCCAGGUCCCGUCGUCUCCUCAGACCGUCCUGCCAACUACCCUCUAGUGAAGCCGAAGGCGGAGCCUGUGAAGAGGGAGGGGCCAAAGUGGGAUCCGUCCAGACUCAACGACAGCAGCACGUUCGUUCUUGGCUCCAGAGCCAACAAGGCGCUGGGGAUGGGCGGAACCAGAGGGCGGAUCUACAUCAAACACGCUGACCUGUUCAAGUACGCCGCUGACGCCAAGGACAAGCAGUGGCUGGCAGAACGGCACCACAUGAGGGCCACAGGGGGCAAGAUGGCCUACCUUCUGAUUGAGGAGGACAUUCAGGAUCUGUCCCACAGCGACGAGUACAGGGACUGUCCGGACGUGCGGAUGGACGAGCUGAAACCGUUCGGCGUUCCUCCCUGGAUGGUGGAGAAGAUGCAGCGCGCCAUGGAGGCUCAGAGGGACAACGACCCCUGAAGGUCACAUGACCCCAGGGCUCUGAUCAUGUGACCCCUUCAUUAUUAUUUUUAUUAUUGGAUGUUUCUAGUUUUGUUUCUCCUGCUGAAAAAACAAAUAAAGUCUGUUUUGUAGA